AACUAAGUUUUGUGCGGGAGAGCCUGUGCGUAAUUCCUUAUACUUCCACCACAGUGCUGCUCGCUGCCCUAUCAAACAACAGACAAAACUGUGCUCCAGACUUCAGUGACACCCCCACCCCAAACCGCAGCCUCCCCCUCUCUUCCUUCAGUUGGAGGAGGUCUCUGUUUGAGCUGGAGAGGAGAGGUUAGACCUGUCUCCCUCCAGCAGCCGUCGGGCUUCUCUGCAGCCUCCCACCGCAUCAUCAUAAUGGAUUUAGGGAGUAAAAGAGUCACUGGAAUUAUCACUCAGGUCGCCCUGCUCCUCCUCAGCUCGUACGGGGCAAUUGCAGAAGAGUUGUGUGACGGUCCACUGGUGUCUAAUCUGCCUCCAACGUCCUUCAGGAGCUCCUCCCAUCUGUCCAGCAGCCAUGCACCGGGCUUCGCCAAACUCAACAGGAGAGAAGGAGCUGGAGGUUGGUCCCCUCUCACCUCAGACCAGUAUCAGUGGCUGGAGGUCGACCUGGGCGAGCGGACCAAGCUCACAGCUGUCGCCACGCAGGGCCGCUACGGCAGCUCUGAUUGGCUGACAUCCUACCUCCUGAUGUUCAGCGACACGGGACACAACUGGCAACAGUACAGACAGGAGGACAGUAUAGGGUUUUUUCCAGGCAACAGUAAUGCAGACAGUGUGGUUCAGUACAAGCUGCAGCAGCCUGUGAUCACUCGCUUCCUUCGCCUCUUUCCUCUGAACUGGAACCCCACUGGGAGGAUUGGGCUCCGGCUGGAGGCAUAUGGAUGUCCAUACACCUCUCAUGUGGUGAGUUUUGACGGCGACAGGAGCAGUCUAGUGUACAGGUUGAGUCCCGGGCCAAGGAGGACGUCCAGAGAAGUUGUCUCUCUGAAAUUUAAAACCCUCAGGAAUUCUGGGACACUGUUGCAUGCAGAGGGACAGGCGGGACAGGAGGGACUCAGCCUCAGUCUGGAGUUAGAGAGAGGAAAGCUCCUGCUGCUGCUCAGACAAGGUGGGACUUCGCCCUCUGAACCCCGACGUCUCGCUUCUCUCGGCAGCCUGUUAGAUGAUCAGCACUGGCACCGUGUAGUACUGGAGAGGCAAAGUGCUCACCUCAACCUCACUGUGGAUAAACACACUGAGACAGUUCAAAUCCCCGCAGAGUUCAGCCACUGGGACAUCGAACAGCUGAGUUUAGGGGCAGUCCAGAGCCUCGGUUCUCAGAAACCAGCCGUGCCCAAGAGGAACUUCCAUGGCUGCCUGGAGAACCUGCUCUACAAUGGCCUCAACGUGAUAGAACUAGCUAAACACAGCUACCACCAAGUUACUGCAAUAGGCAAUGUGACCUUUUCUUGUGCUGAGCCAGUUUCCGUCGCUGUGACGUUCCCCGGCCCCCAGAGCUUCCUCCAGGUACCGGGGCCGAAGGUGUCUACAUCGGGGGGCUUGUCCGUGGGGUUUCAGUUCAGGACGUGGAAUAAGGCAGGGCUUCUGCUCACCUUUGACCUCCCUCAGCAAGGGGGUGUGGCCUGGCUGUACCUGAAUGAGGCCAGAGUCCAGCUACAGAUUCAUAAAGAUGGAACGACGCUGCUGGAGCUCAGUGCAGGCUCUGCUCUGAACGACGGCCAGUGGCAUUUGGUGGAGCUGAACUCUAAACGAGGUCGUCUGACCAUUACUGUGGAUAAAGAAGAAGGAGGCACUGCUCACGCCAGCCCUUCAUUUCCCGUCACCCUACAAAGUCAUCUGUUCUUUGGUGGUUGCCCUGCUGAAGACAACAGUCAGGAAUGCAAAAACCCCUUUAACGUCUUCCAGGGCUGCAUGCGCCUCCUGACUGUGGACAGCCAAAACAUAGAUCUAAUCAUAGUGCAGCAAAAGCAGCUGGGAAACUAUAGCAACCUGCAGUUUGACAUGUGCGGAAUCAUUGACAGGUGUUCUCCCAGUCGCUGUGAACACGGCGCUCGAUGCAGUCAGUCCUGGACCGUCUUCCACUGUAACUGCUCUGACAGCGGCUAACGGGGGCCCCCCUGCCACAGCUCCGUGUACGAAGAGUCCUGUGAGGCGUACAAACACAACGGCAACACGUCGGGACAUUUUUAUAUCGAUGUGGACGGCAGUGGACCAAUCAAACCACAGCUGGUCUACUGCAACAUGACAGAGGAGAAGACAUGGAUGGUCAUCCAACACAACAACACAGAGCUGACCAGAGUCCGGCCCUCACCAGGUGUAAACCAGCAUUUGGUUCACUUUGACUACUCAACUGAAGAGGAGCAGCUAUUGGCUGCCAUGAGCCAAUCAGAGCACUGUGAACAGGAACUGUCCUACCACUGCAGGAAGUCCCGCCUCCUCAACACUCCAGAGGGCUCUCCGUUCAGCUGGUGGCUCGGUGGUCCUGGCUCCGGUCGUCUCCAGACGUACUGGGGAGGAGCCCAGCCAGGCAGCCAGCAGUGUGCCUGUGGUCUACAGGGCGACUGUGUGGAUCCACAACACUACUGCAACUGUGACGCUGACCGCACGGAGUGGGCUGAAGACUCAGGCUUGCUCAUCCAUAAAGAGAGCCUCCCGGUCAAGUCUCUGGUGCUGGGUGACAUCCACAGGCCAGGGUCGGAGGCUGCCUACAGGGUGGGACCGCUCUGUUGUCAUGGAGACAAGAACUUCUGGAACGCUGCGUUUUUUGACAAGGAGACAUCAUACCUCCACUUCCCCACCUUCCAUGCGGAGCUGAGUGCAGAUAUCUCCUUCCUGUUUAAAACCACAGCCUCCUCUGGUGUGUUCCUGGAAAACCUUGGCAUCAAAGACUUUAUCCGGAUCGAACUGAGCUCCUCCACUCAGGUGGUUUUCUCCUUCGACGUGGGUAACGGGCCACUGGAGGUUCGUGUGGAGUCGAGCGUCCAUCUGAAUGACAACCGGUGGCAUCGAGUGCGAGCUGAGCGGAACAUCAAGGAGGCGUCACUUCGGUUGGAUGAACUUCCUGCUGCCACACAGGAGGCUCCUGCAGAUGGACACUUCCACCUGCAGCUCAACAGCCAGCUGUUCAUAGGAGGGACAGCAUCCAGGCAGAAGGGCUUCCGAGGCUGCAUUCGCUCUCUGCAGCUGAACGGUGUGACGCUGGACCUGGAGGAGAGGGCGAAGAUCACACCUGGGGUUCGGCCCGGCUGCCCUGGUCACUGCAGCAGCUACGGCUCGCUCUGCCUGAACCAGGGCCACUGUGUGGAGCGAGCCAGCGGCUUUCACUGUGACUGUGGCCUGUCGGCUUAUGCUGGAGUCUUCUGCCAUACAGAGGUGUCGGCCAGCUUCAAGUCGGACACGUCUGUCAGCUACACCUUCAAGGAGCCCUAUGAGUUCAUCAGGAACAGCAGCGCUCUGCCGUCUUCCAUCUACUCUGACACGACCCUGAGGGGAGAGAACGUCUCCCUGAGCUUCAGGACGAACCAGAGUCCGGCUCUGCUGCUCUACGUCAGCUCCCACUACAGAGAGUACCUGGCCCUGCUCAUCAAUGAGUACGGUACGUUGGAGGUGAGAUACAAGUUGGACAGCAGCAGAGAAGCUGAAGUGCUGAGGAGCAGAGUGGGAGGCCUGGCCAACGGACAACUGCACACGGUUACCAUCAGGAGACGGACGGAGUCUGUGGCUGUGCAGAUCGAUCAAAAUGCCAGAGAAGACUUCAGCCUGACAUCAGAUGGAGAAUUCAUUGCCAUCAAGUCUCUGGUGUUGGGCAGAGUGCAUGAUUCUGAUGAGUUGGAUCCAGAUCUGGCCAAGUUGGCAUCUCUCGGUUUUAUUGGCUGCCUGUCUGUGGUCCACUUUAACUCCAUCAGCCCUCUGAAAGCUGCUCUGCUUCACCCGGACACCAGCCCCGUCAUCAUCACGGGAUCUUUAGUCCAGUCCAGCUGUGGCUCUGCAGCCUCGGCCAAUCCCUACGCAGCUGAAAACACACAUCACCUGUCAGACCAGUCUGGUUCAGUGAGUUCAGGUCAACCUCUAGUCAAUGCCAUCAGGACUGACUCAGCUCUGAUUGGAGGUGUCAUAGCGGUGGUGAUCUUUGUGAUUGUUACUGGCCUGGCAAUAACUGCCAGAUUCCUCUACCGGAGAAAAGAAACGUAUGUGAACCGGGAUGUGAAGGGAGUGAAAGAGCGGGACAGCCCAGAUUUCCCUUUUAACAACCAAACCGACUCCCAGAACGUCUCCAGUGAAAACCCCAAGGAGUAUUUCAUUUAACUGAAGGCCUGAUCAGCUGGUGGGUUUUGGAGCUGAGGGUGCAGACAGGGUUUCCUUCCACAGCUCAGGACACUGCACUCAGAGCUACUCAGACACUUUGAUGGAGGCUGUGGCUUUACAGCAUGUGGAAAGCAAAACAAAAAGAACAAUUCACAGUGUUCUGUUUCUUUAAGGUGUUGAUAUCCUUGUUUCUGAUGUAAAUAUUCCAAAAUGUACAUGUUGAAUAAUGUAUUUGUAACAAUCUCUGCCUAAUGUCACUUUGUCAUAUUGAUAUAUCAGAAGUUUUGUGGUGGUCAGGUUUCUCCAGGAGAAAGGCAGGUAUAGGUAGAGAAAGAGGCAAACUUGCUGAAAAAAAGGAAACCAUAAAAAAAAAGGUUUGAUUCAGUGAAAAUCUUAGAGAUUAUAACUGUAAGCCUGUAAGUUUAUUUUUAAAUACUUCAGUGAAAUAUCUCCACCCAAUGGCGAAUCAGGUGAGAGAAUGUCAGUGCGAAAACGGUGACAUUAACUAACCGUUAUCCCACAGACAUCACAGCAAGCAUCUGAAGCUUAUCUUGUGUACUGUAACCAUGGUUCAGACAUUUGAAUGUGAAUGACUGAAUGUGUGGUUAGAGAUGAGUUGUGAUGAACUGGCACAAGGACCGAGUUUAUUCUUCCCCCCUUCUUUUUUUCUAAUCAUGAAGACAAACCAAAUCACAUUCUUGAACCUUGAUCAUUUCUACACUUAUAUUUUGUGUAUGGUUUCCUCAAAAAGUCUUUACAUUCAGUUGCUUUUUCUUUCUUCUCCCACUUAAAGGUGUCCUCCUCCCUGCUGUAUGCUACCUGCUGGGAGCUUCCUCUCCCUGCUCUCUGAAUGUCUCUGAACAGUAAAGCUUUUAACAGAGACAGCAGCACAGACUCUAACACCGUGUCUGUCUGUCACCUCGUUCACUGCACGUAGAGGCAGGUAAUAUGUUUUUGAAAUGCUAAUCUGCUUCAGCCUGACAGGUGGAUUGUGACUCGAUAGAAAGCAAAGAUGAUUAGAGUGACAGACAGAUAAUCCGAGCACUGUGUCAUGCAGACAUGGAUAUAAUGAAAACGCAUUCUGAUAUUAAUACUGAAAAUGGAUCUAAUCCCUCUAUGUGUUAAUUCAGCUCAGUGCCUCUGAUGGAGGGAGGCUGAGAGGCAGAAAGUGGAUCAACAGCAGCUGUUUCUCAAACACAUAUACACAGAGAGUACAGUUCCUUAACAGCUACAUGUCUGACCUGCUUACAUGCAUUUGUACACAGUAUAACUUUAAAUUUCAAGAAUCAAAUGUUUGCCAACAGUGGUUUGUUGUUUUUUUUCCAGCAAGAUUUGUAGUUAAGCCAAAUGGUUAUCAGUGUAACUAUAAUGAUGUGACAGCGCAUAGUGUUGGUGAAUAAUAGUGAUGUCAGCGAGCUGGAGUGACAUGCCAUUUAAAAUAAUAUUCAGAAGGUUUUAACCAUAUUCUGGUUGUUUGGUUACAGAAA